GGAGGAAUAGGAGGAGGAGGGAGGUCUGUCGGCUGCAGGAUUCCAUCACUCCUGGCAACCGUUGUUGAGUUACCACGGAAACACUCAAUGCAAUGUUCUCUGCUUCUCCUUUGUCCUCCUCCAUCACUCCUCUCUCUCUCUCUCUCUCUCUCUGUCUCGCUCUCUCUCCCUCCAUCCCAUCUUUAUUGCUGGUUGACUUCCUCUUUGCGUUGCUACGGCGAUGCUCUGGGACAUUCAGAGGGAUCGUUUAGCUGCCGCAGUGUCGGAGCGCAGAGCUAAGCAGUGAGCUGAGGAAGGAAGUCGUCAGCUGAGUUUUUCUUGUUGUUUUUUGCACUUCGCACAAGAAGCUCUCGUGUAACUUUUAACCUCUCAACUUCCUUUCACCAAUAACAGAUUUUUGGGGGGAUUGGCUAGGACUUGUCAGGUGACAUCACAGGAAGUUAGAUGAAGUUUUCCUAAAACUCGAGGGCUCUCUGCUACAAUCUGAGUUGAUGUUUUCAGGGCUCCGUCAAUCUAAGAGACGUCCGGACGCUUCACAGAGACCAAACUCUGCUCUGUGAGCGCUUAUACAAGCCAACGAGUGAGAUGAACGAGGACGCGGAGGAGUCUCAGCUGCCUGAGGAGGUGCUGGAAGUUGAGGGGCAGGAGGUGCUGCAGCAACAGGAGGGAGACCUGGAGGAGGAGGUGGAGGAGCAGGAGGAAGUGCCGCAACAGGAGCGACAGCUGGAGGAGGAGGUGCAGCAGAAGGAGGGAGGGGUGGAAGUGCAGCAAUGGGAGAUGCAACAGGAGGAGGAGGAGGAGAAGGAGGUGCAGCAACAGGAUGACCCACUGUUAAACAAGGAAGAGGAGCAGGAGCAGUGGCGACAAGACGAAGAACAAAAGGAGGAGGAGGAAAUGCACCAAGAGGAGGUGCAGAAAAGUGGAGAGUUACAACAAGAGGAGGUGCAGCAGCAACAGGAGGAGGAGGAGAUGUCACAGGAGGAGGAAGAGCAGACAGAGGUGCAGCAGUGGCAGCAGCAGCAGAAAGAGGAGGUACAACAGACUGAGGAGACGCAGGACUUUGUGGACACUCUGGAGCAGAAUCACAACAACCAGGUUCUGAUACGACUGAGAGGAAUGCAGAAAUAUAAAAGUACAUCACAGAGGCUGAAGGGGGUCCUGGAGCAGAUGGACCGGGGCAUCGUGGACAUGCAGGAGCUCCGCAGGAAUCUGGAGCUCGCUGCUGCCAUGUUGGACGCCGUGUACACUGACGAGACCAGGCGUCUGUUGGACACCGAGGACGAGCUCAGCGACCUGCAGGUGGAGUCAGUGCCCAGCGAGGUGCGUGACUGGCUGGCCUGCACCUUCAGCAGGAAGAUGGGUGUGGCCAAGCGUCGGCCCGAGGAGAAGCCAAGAUUCAGGAGCAUUGUCCAUGCAGUGCAGGCUGGGAUAUUUGUUGAGAGGAUGUACAGACGGACAUCCAACAUGGCUGGUCUGACCUACCCUCCCACGGCUCUGACAGCACUCAAGGAGGUGGAUCAGUGGUCCUUCGAUGUUUUUUCCUUUCACGAGGCCACGGGAGACCACGCUCUCAAGUUCCUGGUCUACGACCUGCUGACCCGCUAUGACCUCAUCAACAGGUUCAGGAUCCCAGUACAGGCUCUGGUGCAGUUUGUGGAAGCUCUGGAGAACGGCUACAGCAAACACAGGAACCCCUACCAUAACCUGAUCCAUGCCGCUGACGUCACUCAGACUGCCCACUUCCUGAUGCUACACACUGGACUGAUGCACUGGCUCAGCGAACUAGAGAUUCUUGCAAUGGUUUUUGCAGCAGCAAUUCAUGACUUUGAACACACAGGAACCACCAACAACUUCCACAUCCACACCAGGUCAGAAGUGGCCAUUCUAUACAACGACAGGUCAGUGCUGGAAAACCACCAUGUCAGCGCCGCCUACAGGCUGAUGGCUGAGGAGGACAUGAACAUCCUGGUCAACCUGAACAAGGACGACUGGAGGGAACUGAGGUCUCUUGUGAUAGAGAUGGUGAUGUCCACAGACAUGUCCUGUCACUUCCAGCAGAUCAAGACCAUGAGGAAUGCCCUGACACAGACACACAGUAUAGACAAAGUGAAGGCGUUGUCUCUGAUGCUACACGCUGCAGAUAUUAGUCAUCCAGCCAAAGCUUGGCCGCUACACUACCGGUGGACUCACAGUCUGAUGGAGGAGUUCUUCAGACAGGGAGAUAAAGAAGUGGAACUCGGCCUUCCCUUUUCUCCCCUUUGUGAUCGCAAAGCUACCAUGAUCGCCCAAUCACAGAUUGGUUUCAUAGACUUCAUUGUGGAGCCGACGUUCAGCGUUCUGGUUGACACUACAGAGAAGGUGAUUGGUCCAUUGAUAGAAGAGGACAGGAAGGCCAGGGAGAGUGGAAACAGGAGGUCCAGUCUGACAGGAAGCGGUUCAGUCACCGUGGAGUCAGUGCAGAGACACAGCAGCUGUCGCCAUGGGAACACCGAUGAUGGACAGAUGGACUUCUCUCUGACGGCGAUCGACCUGCCCGCUCUUAGACUCCACCUCUCCAGCGUCAUCACCAGCAACAAGGACCGAUGGAAGGAGUUGUCUGUGCACGAACUGGCUGAUAAGGAGAAAGAGAUAAAAGAGGACGUGGAGUUAAAUGCCAGCUCGGAUGGCCAAAGUGUCCCCGAUGGACACCCCUCCGAUCAGUCACAGGACUCUGACGACGACGCUCAGCCUGAAACAAACAACGACAAGUCACCUGAUCAAAUGCCCGCAGAUCACCUAACCUGGAAUGGGGCGAGGCCAGAGGAGGAAGAAAAGGGGGUGGAUGACGACGAAGUGCCUGAAAACGCCUGACGACACUCUGCAACCAACUCCCCCACUAUAUCAGACUGUGGCAGAUCACCAUGGCGACAGGAGGCACGGCGCGUUGACGAUAGAAGUUUAGACUGGUCUGUUCGAACGGAGCAGCUGACUCGGUGGCCCCUCAGUGCCCCCCACUCCCCCUCAUAAAGGGCCAUCAGACCUUAUGUUUACAACUGACUAUGAAAUUAUCACAUUCAGAAUGACGACAUUCAUCAGGCAUCUACUUCUUAGCAGCUCCAUGGUUCCAUUCACAGUGGUGAAAGUGUUUGUGUGGUUUUAUUAGAGACUCAGUGGAAAUGUCAACAGUUAAACAGAAAUGAAGGUGAACACCAAAGAAGAGGUUUCAUCUGUUAUCGGGAGGAGUGAGAUGUGGAGCUGUUGAGAAGCAGCGGUGGAGGUUUGUGCAGACAGCGACUGCUGUUCUGUAUCGAGCUUGUGCUUUUAGCAAGUGGCUCAAUCCUAAAGAGCGUCCUCUACAGCUAUGACACAAGACUUUUUUUUUUUUUUUUAAGACGCAGUCAAAACCUUGCCCAAUGAAAUAAAUUAUCUGUUAAGGAACAUUAAACAAAAAGUUGAAAAGGUCAAAGAUUUUUUUAUUGUAAUGUCAACCUCAGCAGGUGUUGUACAUAGAUGAGAGGAUGUUCCUUGAGGACUAUGGAGCUACAUGAAGACACAAUACAAGGGACUGAUCAGAAGGUGCACCUGUGCAAGCUGAUGCAGACAGUGUAACACACUCGGGAUUCAAUGGACACAUAAAAAGACACAGCACAACAGAAAGCAACGCCGACUCAUAAGAAGACUAUCAGAGCAAGAGUUAAUGUGAUCGUAAACAUAAGUUUGAUAUACAUCAGCCACAACAUUAAAACCACUGACAGGAGAAGUAAAUAACAUUGACCAUCUUGUGACAAUUCAGCGUUCUGCUGGGAAACUUUGGACCUGUCGUUAAUGUGGAUGUUACUUGGCUGUGACAUGUAGCACCCACCUAGACCAGACCAGACCAGACCAGACACCCCUGCGCAAUCACACUUUGACAGACUUUAUUCAUCUGCAAGGGAAAUGGCUUGGUUACAGUAGCUCGGUUGAACAUAAAAAAUACUCUUGAGAACCGCAAGUAAAAAAUAAUAAUAAAUAAAAAAUCUAGUAAAAUAAAAUAAAAUAGCAAAAAUUUGGAAAUUCGCAUCGGACAAAAAUAGCCAAAAACCACAGUGAAUGUUUUUUUGGCAUAGAUGAAUAAGUAGGGUUAAGUUAACUAACUUCAAAAGGUAGAAAAACACAGAGCUACUGGUGACCUGCUGCCACUCUUUCAGGCACAAAGGUCAGAAAGACCUGGCGCCAUGACGCUCCUUGAUGGCAGCAGCCAUCCUCAGCAGGAUGCAGCCUGACGCAGACAAACACACCAACACUUUAAGAACAACUCAAAAAACGUGAAGAGCAGCACAAGGUGUUGACAUGGCCUCCAAAUUCACUAGACUACACCACAGCACACCCCCAGAGGACACAUGUCCAUUCUCUGAUGAGCACAAAGAAGACCUAGACAAUAUUAGGAAGGUGGUCAUAAUGCUAUGACUGAUCGGUGUAAGUCACAUCGCUGUGACUCUCAUCCCAAAUCCUCAUUUGGCUCGUAUGAAAGCAGGGAUCAGGUUUAUUGUACAUGUCGGCAGUUUGACUCCACGGAGAGCAGAGCAGCAGCAGUGAACCAGUGUUGAUUUCUUUUUGUUUACAUGUGACCACUUUAAGGGAUUUAUUUUUAUUUAUUUUUUCACAACGUGGGUUGUCUUGUCGUGCUAGCGUUAACAUUGUACACUCCAUCUCCGAUUGGAAGCAGAUUAAACAUCGGCGUGUUUAAGGACCUGAACAAUCCUUUAAAGUGACAGGAGCUCAGAGUUCAGACGGCUCUUGUCGUUUUGUUCUCAGUUGCGCCGCUGUCACUUCUCCCAACUGUGAAUAAAUGCCCACCAUAGUGUCGACACUGUGAUGUGAGGGCAACCGCCUCGGUUUCUAUAGCAAGGGGUGUGGAGUCUCAAUGGCCAGCGGUGAAAACUCUUUAGAUCCUCUGAGCACUGUGUUUGUUGAUGCAAUGUGUGCUACAGUCAUUGUGUGCUCUUUGGCUCUGUGCGUGAAAGAGUGAGAUUUGAAUGUGUGUGUGUGUGAGAGAGAGUAUGGGUUUGUGUACGGUAUACUGUACAGCUGUUUUCUGUAUUAUUGUAUUAAAUGCACAUAACUCCAA